AUGGGUGUAAAUUUGGUGGUUCCAGUGGUAUCUGACUACAAAGGUCAGCUGUUCAACAAGGAGCCAAUGAUUCAGUUCCUGUUGGAAAAGGGGUACACCAAGAAACCCGAGUUUGCACAUAUCAACACGCUGAAGGACUUGGUGGAGCUUGAUAUCAAGCUGGAUGGUGACACCCUCCGGUGCGAGCUGGCGUCGGCAAAAUACGACCGCACGUCCGCUGCGAUCCCAAAGUUUGCAUACAUCGUCCCAUGCGGGUGUACGAUGACGAAAUCACCGCUUAUACAGCUCAUCGCUCCCGCAAAAGGCGGCGAGUUCACAACUACAAAAUGCCCCAUCUGCAACCAGGAAUUCUCGAGCCGCGACGUGAUCGACAUCGACCCGGACGAACAGGAGCUCGAGAAACUCGAGGUGCGCAUCAAAUCGCUCGCUACUGAUGGACUGACUCACUCACUCAAACCCCGCAAGAAAAGAAAGUCGACCACCGAAAAACCGGCAAAAAGGCUCAAAUCUAACUCGAAAAAGCCGUAA